ACAACAAAACCACCAAACUAAGAGAAGUGGAAGAGGCAGUUCCACUAGUGUUGUUGUUAUUACACUUCUUUAAACACAUCAAAAACAAAACCUCUGUGUUGUGUUGUGUUCUCUCGAAUCUGUCUCCAACCAAAUCAAAUCAAAUCAAUGGCAACAACAAAUGUGCAAGAAGAAGCCACCAAACCCGCAAAGAGAAAACCUGUUUUCACAAAAGUAGAUCAGAUGAAACCAGGAACCAACGGCCACACUUUGAUCGCUAAGGUUUUAUCAUCUGAAACCGUCUUGCAGAAAGGACCAAGACCCUCUUCAUCUUCUUCCUCCCGUGGCAUCGUUCGUCCUACUCUCAUCUCUGAGUGUCUCAUCGGCGAUGAAACCGGGUCCAUCAUUUUCACCGCUCGCAAUGAACAAGUUGAGUUGAUGAAGGCUGGAAAUACUGUAAUCAUUCGCAAUGCAAAGAUUGACAUGUUUAAGGGAUCAAUGAGGCUGGCUGUUGACAAAUGGGGGCGAAUUGAGGUCACUGAUCCUGCUGAGUUCGUCGUCAAAGAGGAUAACAACCUAUCUCUCAUUGAAUAUGAAUUGGUGAACGCGGUUGAAGAAUAAUAAUACGUAGUUACAAAACAACCUGUCUCUUGUUUUGGGUGCUGCUAUGGUAAAACUUAACUGGCGUAUACAUUUUCGCUUUAAUUAGCCUGGAUUUUUGUUUUAACGCGCUUGACUUCAUUCUAGGGUUAAAUUUGUUACUCGAGCACUGUUUUGCUACUUCUAUAUUUAAG